CCCAUCUUGCUUAUAUGAAACUCCAGGAAGUUAUCAAAGAGCAGGGGACAGAGGGAACUUGUCCUGUCUGUAUAGACUUCUAAUGUUUUACUCUCUUCAGUUUCUCACAGUUACCAGAGUCUGGUCAUUUUUUCAUUGUUUUAUUGGAAUUGGAAUUGUUUGGCUGGGAGAGGAAUGAAGUUGGUUAGGACCGAUGCAUGGAGAAGAGAGACCAAAUCUUCCUUGAGUCUGUGUCUUGGUGUCUUUCUGGUGCUUAGCCUGCCUGGUUCUCAAGCCACUGUCUUUUGGGUUGCCCACCUAAACAUUUCAUUUCAAUUAGGGAAUAAGACAGUUUGGGAACUAUCAGACAAUGGAGUAUUUGGAAGAAAUUCGCCACUGAAGAAGGUAUCUGGAGUAGUGGUGCCACCAGAGGGACCAAACCAAAAUGCCUGCAGCCCCUUCACAAGCUUCAAUAAGCCUAUCAGUGCAGAGACCUGGAUAGCACUCAUUAUGAGGGGCCAUUGCACCUUCACAAACAAAAUAAAAGUGGCAGCAGGGAAGGGAGCAGUUGGUGUGAUCAUCUACAACUAUCCAGGGACAGGUAAUGGAAUGUUUCCUAUGAUUUCUCUGGGUGCAGAAGAUAUUGUUGCAGUUAUGAUUGGCAGCUUGAAAGGCCUGGACAUCAUACGCCUGAUUCAGAAUGGCGUCAGAGUAAUGGUAGAAAUAGAAGUAGGGAAACACUAUGGCUCCUGGUUCAAUCAUUAUUUGGGAUCCCUUGUCAUCUGUACAGUGGUCACAGUUGCCUAUCUUACCUUUUGCUGUGCUGGACGACUGAGAGCAGCAAGAACUCGGAUCCAGAGAUGUCAACAAUUGAGAGAUGUCAAGAAAGCUAUUGGUAGUCUUGAGCUUCGCAUAUUAAAAGAGAGUGAUAAGGAAGCUGAUUCAGACGGAGAGAGCUGUGUUGUGUGUUUAGAAGCAUACAAGUCCAAAGAUGUUGUGCGCGUUUUGCAGUGCAGCCAUUUUUUCCAUGAGAAGUGCAUUGAUCCCUGGCUCCUACAGCACAGGACAUGCCCAGUCUGCAAAUGCGAUAUUCUCCAAACUAAAGUAAUGGAGGCGCCUGUUAAAAAUGAAGCGGAGCCUUUUUCAGCUGUAUUACCAAAUGAAGCUCCCAACAACACUUCGCUUAACGAAGAGGAUAACCAUAAUGAAUAUGUGCUAGUACGAGGUACAGAGAGACCAUCUGUAGAUGAAUAACUUUAAAAGCUGACAGUCAAACCCUUUUCUCAACCAUUCAUGUCUGCUCCGAUGUGAACACCCAGAGUGUAAAAUGUUAAAAUGAAACUUGUAUUCCUUAAAUA